UGCUCGGAUUAUGUCUUGGCUUCUUGGUUCGGUGGAACCACAUAUUGUUACUAACUUACGGGCUCAUCGUUCCGCUCAAUCCAUGUGGAAUUACUUGAAGAAGGUUUAUUAUCAAGCUAAUGAUGCUCGUCGCUUUCAGUUAGAACAUGCGAUUGCCAUGUUUCAACAUGGUACUCUUUCCAUCCAAGACUACUACUCAGCAUUUCUAACUCUUUGGCAUGAAUAUACUGAUUUGGUUACAGCGGAUGUUCCUGUUGCCGCUCUUUCGACUAUUCAGACUCUUCAUGAGACUAGCCGGCGUGAUCAGUUUCUUAUGAAACUACGCCCGGAAUAUGAAUCUAUUUGCUCCUCUCUGCUGAAUAGAUCACCUGUUCCUUCUCUUGAUAUUUGUUUUGGUGAGUUACUUCGUGAAGAACGUCUUAGUACUCAAGCUAUUCUGGAGCAAUCUCAUGGUAAUUCUGGGAUGGCAGCUGUGGCUUAUGCUGCCCAAGGACGAGGAUCACCUAUGACUUCUAAAAAUUUGCAAUGUUUCUGUUGCAAGGAAUAUGGGCAUAUUGCUGCCAACUGUCCCAAGAAAUAUUGUUCUUAUUGCAAGAAAAAGGGUCAUAUUAUCAAAGAAUGUCGCAUCCGUCCACAGAAUCGUCAAGCUCAAGCAUUCCAGACUUCUGUUAUUGUUCCUCCUGCAGCAACUCCUGUAGCACAUGGCUCCUCCUCAGGUGCUUUCUCUGAUUUUGCACCUCCUGUAGCAAAUUACUGCACACCAGAAAUGGUGCAACAAAUGCUCAUUUCGGCAUUAUCUGCGAUGAGAUUUCAAGGACCAGGUCACGGGGGAGCCGAUCGCGAAGGGACCUAAAGUGGGGCGCUUGUUUUCACUAUUUUUACCUAUUCCCACAUUUUCUUCAGUGUCCUCUAUUAAAUCUUUUGCUUGUAAUAAUGUUCCUGAUUUGAGUAUGGUAUGGCAUCGUCGUUUAGGCCAUCCCAAUACUCAGAUCUUAUCUCAUGUAUUGCACUCUGGUUUUCUUGGUAAUAAAGAACGUUCUUCUUCUUUAUCUUUUGAGUGUGAUUCUUGUAAACUUGGUAAAAGCAAAACACUUCCCUUUCCUUUGCAUUCUAGUAGAGCGUCUCAUUGCUUUGAUCUUAUUCAUAGUGAUGUUUGGGGACCUUCCCCAGUUAGUUCACAUGAAAAAUUUAAAUACUAUGUGACUUUUAUUGAUGAUCAUAGCAGAUUCACUUGGGUUUAUUUUCUUCGCUCUAAAUCUGAGAUUUUUCUUACUUUCACUGAGUUUUUAGCGUAUGUCGAUAAUCAAUUUUCUGCGACUAUUAAGACGUUACG